UCGAGCCACCCUGAGAGGCUACGUCUCCUCUAGUACCCUGGGCGACGCGCUCACUGGACCAGCAGACGCUAGCAUGGACGGCAUGAGCUUCUCUACCUUGGACCGAGACCACGAUACCUGGCCGCAUAACAGUUGUGCAGCUGACUGGCACGCCGGUGGAGGGUGGUGGUACAGAGGCUGCAGCCGAGCCUCACCCACCUCACCCCUGGGCACUAGAGACGGGGUCCGUACCAUAAUGUGUCUGGGCUACUUCUCCCCAGGUGUUGAGGAACGGGUGGGUCUCUCCAAGUUGAUUAUGAUGCUUCGGAGAAUCACCAACAAACGCUGAUCACAUACGAAUACCAACGACACAUCACUGACCACCACAUAAUGCUGACCACACUCAACACUGACCAUCACAUAAUGCUGACCACACUCAACACUGACCACCACAUAAUGCUGACCACACUCAACACUGACCGCCACAUAAUGCUGACCACACUCAAUACUGACCGCCACAUAAUGCUGACCACACUCAACACUGACCACCACAUAAUGCUGACCACACUCAACACUGACCACCACAUAAUGCUGACCACACUCAACACUGACCACCACAUAAUGCUGACCACACUCAACACUGACCACCACAUAAUGCUGACCACACUCAACACUGAACACCACAGUAUGCUGACCAUACUCAACACUGACCACCACAUAAUGCUGACCACACUCAACACUGACCACCACAUAAUGCUGACCACACUCAACACUGACCACCACAUAAUGCUGACCACACUCAACACUGACCACCACAUAAUGCUGACCACACUCAACACUGACCACCACAUAAUGCUGACCACACUCAACACUGACCACCACAUAAUGCUGAUCACACUCAACACUGAACACCACAGUAUGCUGACCAUACUCAACACUGACCACCACAUAAUGCUGACAUCACUCAACAUUGACCUCCUCACGACACUGACCACCACACGAUACUGACCACCACACGAUACUGACCACCACAAAACACUGACCACCACACGAUACUGACCACCACAAAACACUGACCAUCACACGAUACUGACCACCACAAAACACUGACCACCACACGAUACUGACCACCUCAAAACACUGACCACCACACGAUACUGACCACCACAAAACACUGACCACCACACGAUACUGACCACCUCAAAACACUGACCACCACACGAUACUGACCACCACAAAACACUGACCACCACACGAUACUGACUACAUCAAAACACUGACCACCCCAAACUAUGACCACUACACAACACUGACCACUACACGAUACUGACCACUACACGAUACUGACCACCACACGAUACUGACCUCCACACAACACUAACCUCUACACAACACUGACCUCCACACAACACUGACCUCCACACAACACUGACCUCCACACAACACUGACCUCCACACAACACUGACCUCUACACAACA